AUGUCUACUGCUGCUCCUGAAAUUAAGACUGAGACCCCUGUCGUUGAAACUCCUACAGUCGAAACUACUGUUGCUCCUGUAGUUGAAACCCCUAAGGAGACUACCGAAGCCCCUAAGGAGGAAGUCACUCCUGCUGCUGCCACUGAAGAAGCUGCUGCUGCUGCUACUGAAGCUGCUGAUGUUGCCGCCACUACUGAAGAAACUCCCGCUACUGAAGCCCCUGCUGCCACUGAGACUCCUGCUGAAGAAGCCCCUAAAAAGGUUUCUUUGCUUAAGAAGAUUACCAAUGGCUUUAAGAAGCUGCUGAAGGGUGUUUCCAAAUAA